GCUGCGGACUGGUAUCGCGCAGUCGAUCCGCGAACUCGAAAGCUGCCGCGAAGCUACGCGAGUCAACCUUUGAUUGCGCUUUCUAUGAACUUUUGUGAGCCACUCAGUGGCGAAGAGCUCUCUUCACGACAGCUCUCUGCGGAGAACAAUACGGAUGAGCCUCUUCAUUCAAUCCGAAACAUUGCCAACCCUUCCGGAGUAAGGAUCCGAUGAAGGAUCGAAUCAUGGGCCGCACAGGAUAUACGUGCAUCAGGCACGUCUUCUGCUCCCUCAACGUUCUAAUCUGGUUAUGCGCUUGCGGAAUUUUGGGUGCAGGCCUUUGGCUGCGACUGGCUUACUCCGGAUAUGCGACCUUGGUGCCGCAGUACAGCUUCGUGUCGGCGGACUCGCUGCUGCUCGCCGCGGGAUGCGUCACAUUCGUCAUCGCCUUCUUCGGAUGCUGCGGCGCGUGGUUCCAGUCAAGAUGCAUGCUGAUCACGUAUUUCAGCUUGGUAAUACUCAUGUUUCUCGCCGAGUUCAUGCUGGGCACUCUGGCGUUCGUGUUUAGAGAACACCUCGCGAGAAGUCUGAAGGAGGAAUUAUUGUACGGCAUUGAGAAACAUUAUAACGUCACAAGGGAGCCGGGCACACUUUCCGCCAUGUGGGACCAUAUACAUACAGAGUUUCAUUGCUGCGGCGUACGCGAUUAUACGGAUUGGUUCCAAAUCGAGGCUUGGCCCGAGGAGGAUUGGGUGCCGGAUUCCUGCUGCAUGCAACGGGAACGGUACUGUGGUCGCUUGGAUUCGGAGGGUCGCAACAAGGAGCUUUGGUACAAGGAGGGAUGCGCCACCGCCAUUCAAAUGUGGCUGGUAACCAGACUCCACGUGGUGGGUACGGUGGGCCUGGUCGUGGCCUUCCUCCAGCUGUUCGGCCAGGUGGCCAGCAUGAUUCUCUUCUGUACGGUCAGGCACAAGAGAUCGUCUCACACGUACAAGAGUUACGACACUACCAACACCUAGAAUUUCAGAUCGAUCUUAGACGAGACCACCGUCUAAGAUCGAUAGCACGCUCUCCACGCGAGCUUCCAUUUCCCGUUGCACGCGGCAACAACGAACAUCUUUUCGGGAUCGUCCUCGUAUUACUUCUUUUCCGAGGAAAUCUCAUGGGGAGAUCCCGUCGAUUUCAAUCGUCGAAUUCAAAAAAAUUUGUAGAAAUACAUAAGCACGAACCACGAACCAGACGAAAAUUUAUGAAGUUAGGAAAGAUUAGGGGAAAAAAAAUGCAACGAUUUUGUUGCCGAUGAUUAUUGAAUGUUACUCUGUGAAUACAUUUAUGUAUACGACAAUUUAAGUAGAUGAAAGCACGUUGAUAUGUAGUUGACCAAAAAAGUUUCCGCUGUUUACCAAAAAAUACGAUAGGUAUUUAAUUGUUGAACUUCCCUCUUAGUCUCGAUCCUGAUAAUGUUUCCUAUAAUCUCCGGUGAUUAAUAUCGCGACGGCAGUCCAAUCUUGCUGAUAAUUAUUUAUGUUUCUAAUCUUCUUAUCUUUCUAACUGUCACUUAAAAAAGAGAAAUAUAUGACUCGUCGUUUUAAUCAGUAUUUAUGGAUAAAUCAAGAUUUAUAGAUCGUGAAGGUAAAAUCUAGCAACAGGAAAAAUUGAUUUGGAUAUGAGAUCAAUUUGCAUAAUAUCAAGGUUGAAGAUUGGUCGGUCGUUAAAUUGUGAUUUUCUAAUGGAACAAGUUUAUUCUACUUUCAUAAUAAUGGAGAUGAUUCUAAUCAUUAUAUACUCAAUAUUCAUUUACGAGAAAUAAUCAAUUACUAUAUUUUAUAAUAAUUGUAAAAUUUUUUUACAGUAAUUGUAUGUCAUGUCGAUUCUCAAUAUUAAUAAUCGGGAGCAGUUAAAUAGAUAGCGUGCAUGAUUAUGUGAUUUAGAAUUGAGUACUCAAUAGAAAUUGUAGAUGAAAUUAUCUUCAAUAUCGUAAGCAUGAAAUAAUUUGUUAAGAUUUUUGUAUUCAAUAUAUAGAUAAAUAUAUAGGGAUUUAAUAAUUUAAAUAAAUUGUUAUUCUCAUACGUUAUUCGAUAUCGAUGAAGCAAUUUGAUUGAACAUUAAAAUUAAAACAAUGUUGAAGACUGUACAAUGCAGAAUCGAAAUAAUAAGACGUAUAAGUGAUGUAUUAUGUGUAUUGAACAAAAUAUUAUUAAUAAAGAAUAUAUUUAUAUGUGAUAAAAAA